AAAAAAAAUCAGACUAAACUUGGUAAAACCUUCACACAAAAGAUUUGUUGCCAUUUAACUUCCUUCUAUAUAAGAGGAAAAUCUGAAUUCUCUCUUCAUCACUUGUACAAUAAAAAAAGAAACAAGAAAGGAUUUUGAGGUUAAAAUUUGCAAUGGAGAAAAUGUCUCUCAAGCUCGUCUUCUUGUUCUCCCUCACAGUCAUAUCAUUUUGUUUGUCUUUGAGUGCCGCGAGGGAGAUGGCGAAAGAAGAAGUGAAUUGCAUCGGCGGCCAUUGUCCUGAUGGAAAGAAGAACUGUAACUGCUUGCUUCCUAUAGCACCAACAAUGGACAUUUAUGAGACCAAUGCAUCUUGCCUCGUAGAUAACGAAUGCAUCAAGUACUGUCCUAAGAGCUGCAAGAUUGUGAACUGUAAUUUUGGAACCUGUUUGUGUGAGUAUUGUUAAAGAGAUUAGAAACCAUCAUAACUUAUAAGACAGAGA